UUCAAGCGGACCAAUAUUCACUAACCCAUUCCUGUUACGCCCGUAUCGCGAAUAAACAAAUGAUGGAAACAGAGGUAACUUUCAUCCAAACAGACCCAGCCUUUAAUGUCGUCCUUUUGGCUAUCAAAGAGCUACAAGACGGAGAAAGAUUAUCAGUGAGGCACUGUCAAAGAGCCCGCAUAAUUGACAUCGAAAGUAACGAUGAAGAAGAGGGUCGGAGAUUGUCAUUUGGUGCUUUAAGACCGAAUAUGGCCAACUCAAAAUUUGGUGAAACGGCAUCAGCUAUCGUCCGCAUGUGCAUGCUGGAAGCGGUUGGUAUUCAGCAAAAUUUCUGGCCGCAUAUCGGUGAACACUCGGAUCGUAGGAACAGGGGGAAGCUGGAAAGAAAGGUAAUAAGGAAACCGCUUUACCGUCUCGCAAACGCCAAGGAAACAGCAAGAAACUAUUGGGGUCGAUAUGACCAACUGUAUCCCCAUUACAGGAUAGAAAACAAAGUUCGUGGGUUAAACAUCGAUGAAGAAGGUAGUAUGCCAAGUAUGAUGCUCAUACUCGGCGAACAUUUCACUUCGGUAACUGAAAUUACUACUACGUUCAAAGCUACGCCGAGAGGAAACCAAAUGUUUAAUAGUUACGUACACGUCACUUGCAUCGUACGUGAUAUUUCAAAUGGCAAAGACGGACCACAUACCAAGCGCUUGAAAGCGUUCAUGCAGCCCCUAAAUAUUGGAGAACAAUAUUUCGAAAAGGUUCGGAAUAUACAGAACGUGGAGGACGCGGAAAAUUUGAGAAGUCCACUGGAAAUCGAGUUUAGUGAGGGCGACAAAGAAGACGACAAGGAAGAGCACGUGGAAGAGAACGAGGAAGAUUGCAAUUGGGGCUUUGCUCUGCUCGUCUCUCAUGUCAAGUUAUAUUUAUAUUGUUAUGUAUUUCUCUACUACUAUAUGUUAUUUUAUGUAUAUAAUUUCAUAUUUAUAUAAUGUAUAUAACUUUAUAUAUUUUUCUUAUAUUAUAUGCUACUUUAUGUAUAUAACUUCUUGUGACAAACCGCAAUAAACUAAACUGAGAGAACGAGGAAGGGAACGAGGAAGAGAACGAGGAAGAAAGCGAGGAAGAAAGCGAGAAAGAGAACGAGGAAGAGAACGAGGAAGAGCACGUGGAAGAGAACGAGGAAGACGACGAGGAAGAUUAAGUUGUAUAGAACGAGGAAGAGAACGAGGAAGAGCAUGUGGUAGAGAACGAGGAAGAGCACGAGAAAGACAAUGAGGAAACUUGAUCAAAGUGAUGUUUAUCUUCGACUAGCCUCAUUUACAUGUAACUAGAUAAGGGAUUGUGAAUAAAUUAAGACGCUUGAUCAACAUGGCUCGCGUGGUCAUUACAGUUCGAAGCUAAAUAUCAUACAUAAUGUCAGGAGUGGGAUCAUUAAGGUGAAAACGACGUUGAUCAACCACAAGAAAUGGCGACACACACUAUUGCGCCGCCAGCUCCCUUCGAUUUCAAGAAUCCCGGAGAGUGGCCAAAAUGAAUACGGUGCUUCGAGCGAUAUCGCAUAUCGACUGAACUCAACGAUAAGGACGAAGUCCUACAGAUCAUCACUA